CAAACAAUAAAACAACAAUGCGAACUAAGUUUUGAGGACACGAGAUAUUAGUUGUUCGUAUAGGUCUACAAAAGUUAGGUGACGUCAUUCCUAUUUAGUAACGUAUGGGAAUGGGAAAGUAAAAUUUUCGCCGUGUAUCCCCAAACAAGACCGUGUUGCGCACGAUGAGUAAUGUUCACUUGAAAGUUAUUCAUAUCGAUUGAUUUGUCUCCACUAGUAAUUUGGUUUCGUCGCUGCCGAAGUCUGCUCGCAGACUAUUGCGACGGGGCCUUUUUCUGAAGUUGGAUAAUUUUUAUUUUGUGUUGUGUGCUGCAAUAAACCGUGAAAGAUGGGGUCGUUGUUUAGGAGUGAAGAAAUGACAUUAUGUCAACUUUUCCUGCAGAGCGAAGCCGCGUAUGCAUGCGUGUCUGAACUCGGGGAGCUGGGUCUCGUGCAGUUCCGAGAUUUAAACCCAGACGUGAACGCUUUCCAACGCAAGUUCGUCAAUGAAGUACGUCGUUGUGAUGAGAUGGAGCGAAAGCUCCGAUACUUGGAGAAGGAGAUCCGUCGUGAUGGAAUCCCCAUGCUCGAGAUCCCGGGCGAAUGCCCUGAGGCCCCACAACCGAGGGAGAUGAUCGAUCUUGAGGCUACCUUCGAAAAGUUGGAGAAUGAACUCCGUGAGGUCAACCAGAACGCCGAAGCUCUGAAGAGAAACUAUCUUGAGCUCACAGAACUCAAGCACAUUCUUAGAAAAACACAAGUUUUCUUUGACGAGAUGGCGGACCCGUCGCGCGAGGAGGAACAAGUGACCCUACUAGGGGAGGAGGGGCUCAUGGCGGGCGGGCAAGCUCUCAAGCUGGGUUUCGUGGCUGGAGUGAUCCUUCGUGAGCGCAUUCCCGCUUUUGAGCGCAUGUUAUGGCGCGCCUGCAGAGGCAAUGUAUUCCUCCGUCAGGCCGAGAUCGACACUCCAUUGGAAGACCCCUCAUCUUCGGACCAGGUGUACAAGUCGGUGUUCAUCAUCUUCUUCCAAGGAGACCAGCUGAAGACCCGUGUGAAGAAGAUCUGCGAAGGUUUCCGCGCGACCCUGUACCCUUGCCCUGAGGCUCCUGCAGACCGAAGGGAGAUGGCUAUGGGAGUUAUGACCAGGAUCGAGGAUUUGAACACGGUAUUAGGCCAGACCCAAGACCACCGUCACCGCGUGCUGGUAGCAGCUGCGAAGAACAUUAAGAACUGGUUCGUGAAGGUUCGAAAAAUCAAGGCGAUCUACCACACCCUGAACCUGUUCAACUUGGACGUCACGCAGAAAUGCCUCAUCGCUGAGUGCUGGGUGCCCGCACUGGACCUGGAAACUAUUCAGCUGGCUCUCAGGAGGGGAACGGAGCGUAGUGGCAGUUCAGUGCCUCCGAUCCUGAACCGCAUGGAGACGUUGGAGGACCCGCCGACGUACAACCGCACCAACAAGUUCACGUCUGCCUUCCAGAACCUCAUCUACGCGUACGGUGUCGCCACCUACCGGGAAGUCAACCCUGCUCCAUACACAAUCAUCACGUUCCCGUUCCUGUUCGCCGUGAUGUUCGGAGACCUCGGCCACGGCGCGCUGAUGGCCGUCUUCGGAUUCUGGAUGUGUUACAAGGAGAAACCACUGCAAGCCAAGAAAAUUGACAGCGAGAUCUGGAACAUAUUCUUCGGCGGUCGCUACAUCAUAUUGCUGAUGGGUCUGUUCUCGAUGUACACUGGUUUGAUCUACAACGACAUCUUCUCAAAAAGUCUGAAUAUCUUCGGCUCGUCGUGGAGGAACAACUACAACGAGUCCACUCUAGCCAGCAACAAACUGUUGCAACUCAACCCUGAUUCUGAGGACUACGUUCAAACUCCUUAUCCGUUCGGUAUCGAUCCUGUUUGGCAACUGGCUGAAGCAAACAAGAUCAUUUUCAUGAACGCGUACAAGAUGAAGAUCUCUAUCAUCAUCGGAGUGUUCCACAUGUUGUUCGGUGUCUGCAUGUCGCUCUGGAACCAUCUGUACUUCAAGCGCCGUAUCAGCGUGUACGUGGAGUUCAUCCCCCAGAUCCUGUUCCUCACGUUGUUGUUCUUCUACAUGGUGCUGCUCAUGUUCAUCAAGUGGACCACGUACGGGUCCACUCCACCCUACUACGGCAGUGACGACCCUGAGAUCGUGAAGACGAGUGCGUACUGCGCGCCAUCUAUCUUGAUCACGUUCAUCAACAUGAUGUUGUUCAAGCACGACCCCAAUACUCGGCCAGUAUGCGACGACACCAUGUACGCCGGACAGAUGGGCAUACAGAAGCGUCAAGGCCACCAGCCAGUAGAGGGCGCGGCAGAGAACGGCACCGCCGGCGGGGCCGCCGCGCCCGCUGCGCAUCAUCACGACGAGGAUAUCACUGAGGUCUUCAUUCACCAGUACGUGCUGGGCAGCGUGUCGCACACGGCGUCGUACCUGCGGCUGUGGGCGCUGUCGCUGGCGCACGCGCAGCUCGCCGAGGUCGCCUGGAACAUGCUGCUACGGAAAGGUACGCGCGCUCUCUGUCCUCUCUGUGCUGCGGUACUAGUAGCCGUACAUCCACACGAUCGAGUACGUGCUGGGCAGCGUGUCGCACACGGCGUCGUACCUGCGGCUGUGGGCGCUGUCGCUGGCGCACGCGCAGCUCGCCGAGGUCGCCUGGAACAUGCUGCUACGGAAAGCGUGUCGCACACGGCGUCGUACCUGCGGCUGUGGGCGCUGUCGCUGGCGCACGCGCAGCUCGCCGAGGUCGCCUGGAACAUGCUGCUACGGAAAGGUACGCGCGCUCUCUGUCCUCUCUGUGCUGCGGUACUAGUAGCCGUACAUCCACACGAUCGAGUACGUGCUGGGCAGCGUGUCGCACACGGCGUCGUACCUGCGGCUGUGGGCGCUGUCGCUGGCGCACGCGCAGCUCGCCGAGGUCGCCUGGAACAUGCUGCUACGGAAAGCGUGUCGCACACGGCGUCGUACCUGCGGCUGUGGGCGCUGUCGCUGGCGCACGCGCAGCUCGCCGAGGUCGCCUGGAACAUGCUGCUACGGAAAGGUACGCGCGCUCUCUGUCCUCUCUGUGCUGCGGUACUAGUAGCCGUACAUCCACACGAUCGAGUGCUGGGCAGCGUGUCGCACACGGCGUCGUACCUGCGGCUGUGGGCGCUGUCGCUGGCGCACGCGCAGCUCGCCGAGGUCGCCUGGAACAUGCUGCUACGGAAAGGUACGCGCGCUCUCUGUCCUCUCUGUGCUGCGGUACUAGUAGCCGUACAUCCACACGAUCGAGUACGUGCUGGGCAGCGUGUCGCACACGGCGUCGUACCUGCGGCUGUGGGCGCUGUCGCUGGCGCACGCGCAGCUCGCCGAGGUCGCCUGGAACAUGCUGCUACGGAAAGCGUGUCGCACACGGCGUCGUACCUGCGGCUGUGGGCGCUGUCGCUGGCGCACGCGCAGCUCGCCGAGGUCGCCUGGAACAUGCUGCUACGGAAAGGUACGCGCGCUCUCUGUCCUCUCUGUGCUGCGGUACUAGUAGCCGUACAUCCACACGAUCGAGUACGUGCUGGGCAGCGUGUCGCACACGGCGUCGUACCUGCGGCUGUGGGCGCUGUCGCUGGCGCACGCGCAGCUCGCCGAGGUUUGAUGUCGACAGACUACCAGGGCGGCAUCUUCCUGUACAUAGUGUUCGCAGGCUGGGCCGCCAUCUCUGUGUCUAUACUCGUACUCAUGGAGGGACUCUCCGCCUUCCUGCAUACCCUGCGUCUGCACUGGGUGGAGUUCCAGAGUAAGUUCUACCAAGGCGAAGGUUACCUCUUCCAGCCGUUCUCCUUCGAGGUGAUCCUCGACUCGGCGGGACAGACGGAAGAGUAAACACGACACAUUUCCAACGUUCAGCAUACAUUAUAAUAUACUACUUCAUCAUAACUGUUACAAAAAUGUAAAGAAAAAAUUAUUCGAUA